AUGCCGACCCGAGCUACUCUCCACCGACGAACGCGUCUCUCUCUCGUAUCAGCGCGCCAGACUGCUGAUGCAGACAUACCGUACAACCGUUUCCCUGUCAUGGCGUCGACAUGUGCUGACGCCCCUCCAGGCCUUUCUGCCCAGGACGUUGAACUCUGCUCUCCGAAGUAUUGGGCAAUGAUGCGGGACCCUAUCUGCUCCCAAGACAUCGCAAUGUUCACCAUUCUGGCCGCCCACGUCGGACUCACCAUUGGCACACUGUCUCGACAUCUACGGAAGCGACCAGAUCUACGCCCACUGGUGGAUCGCUUACUGCGUUUCGACACUGUCGGAAUAUACUUGUUAACGGAACGAGGGCACGGCCUGGAUUCCUUUAACAUUGAAACUACAGCGACGAAAACCAAGGACGGCUUCGUACUACAUACCCCGCGGGAAGAGGCGUCGAAAUUUAUGCCAGCAUCAACACCUCUUUUUGGAAUACCGAAAGUCGCGUUGGCCAUGGCUCGACUUAUAGUCGAUGAACAAGACCGUGGAUGCCGAUUUUUCGUGGUUCCCAUUUGCGACUCCCGACAAAUGUACAAAGGUGUAUCCUCAAUUCGACUGCCUCCCAGAAGCGGAACCGGCCCCCUCGAUUUUUCCAUCACCACGUUCACAAAUGUCCAUCUUCCUCCGACGGCACUAGUCGCGUCCGAUAUUUUUGAUUUUUCCCUCCCGUCGCGGCCCUUAGAGGCUUGGUGGGACGAAGUAUGGCGAAUUCAGCUGGGAACCUUGGCUGUCCCUGCCCCAUGGAUCUCUGCUAUGAAAGCGACUGCCUUCAUCGGCGGGCGAUAUUCCAUGCAACGGUGUAUCCUUGGAAAAUCAAGCGAGCCGACACCCAUCAUCACUUUCCGGACGCAACAGUGGCCUGUGGCCCACUGUACUGCGGCAGCGAUGAUUAUGGACAACUGGUACCCCCUUGUGGUGAAGACCGCCAUGACACAACGAGAUCCUCGCAUCCGACACGCUCUUUCGGUCAUUGCGAAGGCCACCGUCUGUCGGCACUUCCAGAGGUGCAUCCCCGAAAUCGCUGAACGAUGCGGAGCCCAAGGGACUUUCGAUCAGAACUAUAUGGCUAGGAUCGAGAACGACGGGAAGGGCGUUAUCAUUGCAGAAGGCGACGUUUUAACCCUAUGCAUCCGUCUAUUCUCGGAACUAGUUCAAGGGCGAUAUACCCUCUCCCUCCCCGAUCCUUCGGAGUCAGCUCUUGCCUACCACGCACAUUCUCUCCUACAGGAAAACAUCGACCUCUACAAUUCACUCGGCUGCAACCAUCGAAGCGAUGAGUUCAACUUCUUGAUCCUUCCUCAGUCACAACUCGCCAUCGAAGCGAUAGGACACGCAAUGGCAUAUUCUGCUGCAGUAGAGGCAGGGAUGCCAAAGGCGAUUCUCGACGUCUACGAGUGUGCCGUUAUCCGCCAAGAUCCAGCCUGGUACUCCGAGGUGCUAGGCAUUACCCGAAUGCAACAGCGCAUCCGUGAAGACGCCGCUGUGACAAGCUUCAUGCAGCACCUUCCCGACUAUCUGAUCCAACUAGAUAUCGAAAAUUACGUCCAAGCUCCAAUCGUCACAGACCAAGGUUGGAAAUCGUAUGUAUCACUUUUGCCGAAAUACAGCGGCGACUCGGUUCCUUCAGACUUGGGCCAGCUCCAAGCCAUGUUGUAA